UACCGCCGGUUGCCAUGGAGACAGGACACGCCGUUGUACUGUAAAUCCAGCUCCCGAGGCCGCUAUGGGAGAGAUGGAAACCGGGGAAAACUCGUACAUUAUCCGCCCCAACUUCCAACACAAAUUUAGAACAGCAACAGUAAAAGAGUGUAUCAAAUCUGUUCUAAAAGAAGAACUCAACAACAAACAGUAUGUUGCAGAAGAGGUUCCACAGCUAACACGUUUUCUGUCAGAGACCAUAAAAGAUAAACUUAAAGAAAUGGGAUUUGAUAGGUACAAAAUGGUGGUGCAAGCUGUGAUUGGUGAACAGAGAGGAGAAGGAGUGAAGAUGGCAGCUCGGUGCUUCUGGGAUGCUGACACAGACAACUAUGCUGAAUAUGUUUUUACAAAUGACUAUUUAUUUUGUGUGGUUGCUGCCUUUGGAUGCUUCUACUAUUAGUAUAAAAACAGACAAAUAUUUCUUUAUGACAAAUAUUUAAAAUGUACAUAUAACACAAUGGGAUGCCCUUUCUUCCCUAGAAACAUAAUAUUGAUGUAAAUAAUCAUACCAAUUAUGUCAUUCAGUAAGGAAUAAAAUAUGUAUGCACUGUU